AGAGAGAGAGAGAGAGAGAGAGAGAGAGAGAGAGAGAGAGAGAACGUGCGAACGCUCCGCGCCGACCGCCGUGCCGUCGCAAACGUGCUGCUCGACGUGAUCGAGAGCCUCUCCCGGCCGCGGUUACUCUUAAGACACAACUUGGCAAGCGGGGCCGCGUAUUCACGCUCAUGUAUAUGGCUUCAGUUGAGGAGCUGGAUCAUCAGGUCGACAGCGGAAUGGGCAGCAGCGACGCGCGCUCCCCCGAGGUGAAGUCGCUCCUCCCCGACGACGAGGACGACGACGAGGAGGAUGAGAGCCUGACGGAGAGAUUGCUAGGACUCACUGAAAUGUUUCCUGAGCCGGUACGCAACCUCGGAUACAACGUUGGAACCUGCCUGUGCACGUGUAUCAAAGGUCUCUACGCGUACUCGUGUUCGGCCACGUGGCUGGUCUUCAGCUCGUCCACCAUUCUCUUCGCGCCGAUCAUCUUCGAGAUGGAGCGCGCGCAGAUGGAAGACCUGCAGCGCACGCAGCAGAAGCAAGUCCUCUUAGGCCCUAACACAGCUCUGUCCGGCGUCAACACCUCGGGUCUUCCAAUGGCACCGCCCGUUCAGCGAUAGGCCAUUAUAUUCACACAAAUUCACACGUGCACGCGUACAGGGACACGUACAGAAAUGCCCAGCUAGCCAAAAGAAAAAAAAUUCACUUGAGUUUCCGCACACUCGCAUCAUUCGCCAGCGCAACUCCGUACGAUCGCGGGACGUGUCGCGGGAAUCGCGAGCGGAUAUUCCGAUCAUUUGUCUCUGGCGGAAACUCGCGUGAAUCGAGCGAGCGAUCGUCCUGUUCGGUCGCCGAGUAACUGCCGAGUUGCGCGAUGGACGUGAAAAUUCGGAGUAAAUGUAAAUUUGGAUUGCUCAAUGGGAAGAGACACGGAAUUGCAGCAUUCAUCGGUCUAGUCCACCCUCUGCCUCCUACACUUCUGCAUACACACACACAUACACACAAACACACAUACAUAUGCACGUUGUCGUCGUUCCUCCUGGUAAUUUUUACUAAAAACCAACACACAUACUGUGGUAUCGCGUGGCAUUUUAUUAUCGAAUGCGUUGCAGAAGCGACGGUGAUGGGCGCUUCGUUGAAAAGAAACGACCCACCGUCACUCUGUUCGUUUCACGAACACAUGAUUGAGAGAAAAAUUGAGCAUUAUUAAUAUUAAUUACUAGUACAUUCGUUUAUUGGAAAACGUGGCGCUCGUCGUGCCGCGUGUGUUAAUUAUCUUUAUGACGUGUUGCAAUAUAUUGUAAUUUCGAAAGGAUGAAUAAAAGACAUAGCGGAGUAGCAUCUUUAAUCCUCUUCGUGCCGAAACUUUCGUGUGAAAUUUCUUGUAGAGAACGAGUGAAAGACAGCGGCAGCCUUGUAUAUCAUCGGUCUCUUUGUAAGUGCGUUCGAUUAUGUAACUUGCGUUACUUAGAAAAACAAAUAAAUGCGAUUUUCCAAUAGAAA